AUGGCUAUCUCUAAGAAUUUACCAAUUUUGAAGAACCACUUCAGAAAGCACUGGCAAGAACGUGUCAAGGUUCACUUUGACCAAGCUGGUAAGAAGGCUUCCAGACGUAGUGCUAGAGCUUCCAGAGCUGCUAAGAUUGCUCCAAGACCAUUAGACUUAUUGAGACCUGUUGUCAGAGCUCCAACUAUCAAAUACAACAGAAAGGUUAGAGCUGGUAGAGGUUUCAGUUUGGCUGAAGUUAAGGCUGCUGGUUUAACCGCUGCUUACGCUAGAACCAUUGGUAUUGCUGUUGACCACAGACGUCAAAACACCAACCAAGAAAUCUUCGAAUUAAAUGUCCAAAGAUUAAAGGAAUACCAAUCUAAGAUCAUUGUUUUCCCAAGAAACGCUAAGACUCCAGAAGUUGAACAAGUUUUGUCUACUGCUGCUACUUUCCCAAUUGCUCAACCAGUUACUGAUGUUGAAACCAGAGCUGUUGAAGACAACGGUGAAUCUGCUUACAGAACUUUGAGAUUAGCCAGAUCUGAAAAGAGAUACAAGGGUAUUAGAGAAAAGAGAGCCAGAGAUUUGGCUGAAGCUGAAGCUGAAAAGAAGAAAUAG